UCAGCUGGCCCCCACACCUUGCCAAAAAAUCCCUAUUCUAAUUCCAUUCCAUGGCUUCUGAGAAACCCCAAUUAUGAUUACAAUUUCAAUCAGAAAUUCUUCAUCUGCAUUGUUGAUUGAAUCUUCUUUGACGCAAUUAUAACAUUCUUCAUUUGUUGAAGACGGAUUGACGAUUUGUAUGGAUAGAUCAACUGCAACCUCCCAAAGGCACGGAAAGUGAAGGUCUGGAGUUGAUCAAUAGUCAUGGGUGGCUCUAAGAAAUGGAUCAAAGCAUUGUUCGGUUUAAAGAAACCAGAGAAAUCACAGGCUUCAAGGAAAGAUGAAAAUAUAACCGGGAGCGUUGGUAAUCUUCAGCAUAAAAGAACACAUUCUGUUGAGAUAGAUACCAACAUACUACAGGAUGAGUUGAAUCGAAAUGUUGCUACAUCAGUUGAAGAUGCAAACUACCAAUCAGAUUCAGAAUCUGCUAGCUGCCCUUCUACCUCACUUCAGGUGCAAUAUGCUGUUCCAGUUCAACAGAAGAUGAGAGAAGAAUGGGCAUCCACACGAAUCCAAACAGCUUUCAGAGGAUUUCUGGCUAGACGAGCUCUACGGGCUUUAAAAGGAUUGGUGAGACUUCAAGCUCUUGUCAGAGGACAUGCUGUAAGAAAGCAGGCUGCCAUUACACUCCGUUGUAUGCAAGCUUUAGUGAGGGUGCAGGCUCGUGUCCGAGCGAAGCGUGUUCGCAUGGCACUGGAGAGUCAAACAGCACAACAGAAACUUCAGCAACAACUCGAACACGAAGGUCGUGUCAAAGAAAUUGAAGAAGGGUGGUGCGAUGGUGUUGGAUCUGUUGAAGAAAUUCAAGCCAAGUUGUUUAAGAGGCAGGAGGCAGCCGCUAAGCGUGAAAGAGCAAUGGCAUAUGCUAUGACUCACCAGUGGCAGGCAGGUUCAAGACAGCAAGCAACUCCUGGUUUUGAACCCGAUAAAAGCAGCUGGGGAUGGAAUUGGUUGGAGAGAUGGAUGGCUGUUCGUCCAUGGGAAAACCGCUUUUUAGACAUUAAUUUAAAGGAUGGAGUGACGACUCCUGAAAAUGGAUUGUCUAACACAAAGAACGGAACCCAAACUCAGUUAAAAUCUGCCGAGAAGAAACUGUUGUCAAAUCUUGCAAAUGAGAAAAUUGGUCCCUCUCAUUCAAGCAUUAACUCAAAUAUCUCCAAUGAAAAAAGGCCUCUAUCUCAUUCUGAUGGUUUUAGUUCUUCACCAAACAUGACUGCAAACAUGCAAGAAACACCAGUUGCACUAAGGUCUAAACCAAUUCUUGAAGACUUGGCCGAGGAAGCUACCUCAAGGCCGAAUGUUGAUUCAAGAUCACGUAGCAAUCCUAAAGAGAGAUCCAAUUCUUCAGAUAAACCAGGAAAGAAGCGGUUGUCUCUGCCUAGCAGCGGUCUAGGUAGCGGGGUUCAAUCAACCAAGCAACAAAGUAGAACUGCCGUCAAAAGGUCGCCUUCUUCCCAUAAGCCUGUCAUGGGUAAAUCCAAAUCAAAUGAAAAUGGUGUAAAGCCUUCAAAAUCCAGUCCACAGAUUUGAUACUUAGCUUUUAGAUAAUCACAUAAGAUCGUAUCAUCAUCUUCUGCAACGGCCCUUUUUGCUUGUACAUACCGUGAAGAGAUGCUAUGUCGUUGUGUGAGUUCGUGAUAUCUCUUGCACCAUUACUGAAUUUAAGAGAUGGGUUUGUUCUCGAAGAAAUAAUUGUAUUAUCGUAUUUAUUGGUUCAUUCCAGUGCAUGUUGAGAAAGUUUCCUCGUAGUUUGAAUGCAGCGGUCGUUCCUCUGUUCCAUCAUCAUAAGUCGAAAGUGGAGAACCCGCAAGUUAAAAAGUGACUGUUGUAAGGUUAAAUAGGGAGUAUUAGUUUGGGAAAAAAUGCGUUCUGAUAGUUCUCGUUUCAUGGUUUGUAUUGUAUUGUUGUAUGAGUUUCUGCCAUUUAGGGAGGUGUGAUGAUGUUGUAUUGGAGGUUAUGCUCUUUUGUUCAUUUAUUUUUUUGGGAAAUGAUUAAAUCGCUCCAAAACUCGAACCUGA